UAUUCACACUGGGCCGGGGUCGACACUGAUGCAUAUCAGUCCUGGUGCCGCUCUGUCUUCCGGGGACUCUGCCUUCUACGGCUGUGACGACAAAUGAAUGUUCUUUCAAAGGUGACGUUUACCUCGGUCUUCAAGAGCACUCCCCUGCGGCCUCUGAAAUAAAUUGCAGUUAUGUUUAUACUGCGCAGUUUUUUUUGAAUACAACGGGACUUUAUUCGUUGUGGCUACGGCACCGCGGUCAAUUGGUUUUCGUGGCCAAUGCAGACACUUUCGGUCACUUUCGGUAUUCACUUUGGCUGCCUUGCGGCAUGUCGUUGAACCUAUAGGUUUAAAUACGAAUAAGUUGUGGUACAGGAGAGGCAUCGAGGUCAUCUUCACUUCACCAGCUUUACCAGAUCAUAAUCCGUCGCCUGCGCAUCAUGUCGCGUUACACUAUCACCCUGAAUAACCACUACCAGUCCCGCCGCAAGCUUCACGCUGUUACCUGGUUGGAGGUCCAGUCUGGACCGCCGCAUGCUCUCUCAUGGACGCUGACUUGCAAAGUGGAGGGCGAAGUCGUCAGCACUUCCACUGCCAAUCAGAAAAGUGUUGCCAAAGAGGAGGCGGCGCGGAUUGCUUGUGAAAGAUUGGGCAUUAAUUAAUAUUUCUGCUUGACGCUACAUACAACGCUUCUAUCAGUUAUAUUGCUAUAGACAUUAGACAUUCACCUUGGGUCAAUUACAGCAC